AUGUCUCUGGAUUCUGAAUUGAGAUCUAUUCUCGGGGAAUCCAGUUUGGGAUUCAAACCUGUUCAUUAUGAUCUCGAUCUUGAUUUGAGCGAUCAUACCAAGAGGAAUUUUGUGGGUCAUGUAAAGAUUCAAUUUGCAAGACCAACUAAUGACGACCAAAAACCCUUGGGAAAGAAUAAUAGCGAAAACUUGGAACUUUUGUUGAAUAGUGAAGGGUUAGUGAUUGUUUCCGCGAUCUUGGUCUCUGAGAACCAAGAGAAGGCUACCGUGAAGUACGAUAGAGCAACACAAAGAAUUCAUUUGAUCUUCAACGACGUCAAGAUCUCUCAACUUGGUGAUACCAGUAAGAUAAAUGUGGAAAUCAAGUAUCUUGGGAAAAUCACCAAGAUAAACACUUACAAAGACCAAACUAAGGGCUUAUUCAUCACCAACUACCUCGGUCCAACUUCCUCUGAAGCCAAUAAGAUCAUUUUGGCUACCCAGUCUCAACCUUGUGACUCAAGAACCAUUUUCCCAUGUAUUGAUGAACUAUCCACCAAAGCCACCUUUGGAUUGACUUUGAGAUUAAACCCAAGAUUCAAUGCCAUUAGUAGCACUCCAGUGGAAUCUGAAGAAUUGAUCAAUGAUGAAACUGCUAGACAAAUCAAAUUCGAAAAAUCCUCACCGAUGGUGAUUUCUUUAUUUUCCUUUGUUUGUGGUGAUAUGGAGUAUAUCGAAAAAACUGUCGAACUUCCAAUUGAAACUGAUCAUGGGAAAUCUAUUUCCAAAGAAUUCCCAAUCAGAAUGUACACUUUGGUGGGCAGUUUAGCCAAAGCGUCAUAUACUCUUAAUUUGGCGGCAUUUUUCCUUCCGAUCGUUAUUUCCAAAUUGAAACAUUCUUCGUACCCGGGAAAGAAACUUGAUUUGGUAGCAUUACCAUUCUUAUCCAAUGGGGCGGUGGAAAAUUCUAAUUUGAUCGCCGUGCAACAAGAUAUUGUAUUGGUCAGUGCUGAUGAAGUUGCCGAAAUCAAAAGAACCGGGAAAUGCAGUAACAAAAUCAAGCAAUUGAACCAGAUUAUUCUCCAUGAGUUGGUGCAUCAAUGGUUCGGUAACCUUGUAUCAUUCGAUAAUUGGAAUGCUUAUUGGUUGAAUGAAUCAUUGGCUUCGUUCUUGGCUUAUUGUGUCUUGAACGAAGUGCAAUUCGACGCCGAUUUCUCUAGCCAAACCCCAAAGGAAAACAUCAAUACCGAUUACCAAACUAUUUGGUACGAGCAAAGUUCAUUGAUGGAGUCUACCUUUGCCACCGAUGCCGCAGAAAGUUCGGUUGCAGUGUCCACCAUUGCCGAUUCAGUGCAAAAUAUCAAUGUGGGGUCAAUUGAACAAACAUUCAAUCAAUUAUCGUAUGAAAAAGGGGUACAUUUAUUGAGAAUGUUCAUGAACGUCUUCAAUGAUGGUAAAUAUGACGAUAGUAGUGAGAAAUUCUUUGAAGUGCUUGGGAAAUUGGCGGAAAAAUACAAGUACAACAUUAUCAAAAUGGUCGACUUUUGGUUAUUUUUCAACGAAGAGUUUAAUGGUGAAGAUACUCACGAAAAGGACAAAUUUAAUUUGACGAAUUUCAUCAUGUCUUGGAUCAAAUUGCCGGGAUUGCCAAUGGUUGAUCUCUCGUUAACUGAAGAAGGGUUGAUUAAGAUCGAACAACAUAGAUUCCUUGAAGAUGAGGCCGAGUCCUCAACAGAAGAUUAUAUUUACCAUAUCCCAUUGUCAAUAGUAUUGAAGGACGGGGCUAAUAAAAAUAUGAUUUUCACAGAAAGAUCCAAGGUGUUUAGCAAAGAAGAGUUGUCGAUUGAUGACUUUGUCGCCAUCAAUUCUAACUGCUACUUCAAAGUUUUUUACCAAAACCUCAAAUUUUAUGAAACCGUCUCCAAAAGUAUCACCGCUUUACAAAGACGUCAUCUUGUGAGAUUUUUGAUGGACACCGAGAGUUUUAUUGGUACCGCUCAUCAAAAAUCAUUCCAAAUUGAAGGAUUAUUGAAAAUUGUUCAAAGUAUCGUGUCGGAAAAAAAACAGGCCAUUCCUUAUGAGGCACUCGAAGUGGUUCUUAGAAUUAUGCAGUUCUUAGGAUCUUCUAUCCAGUUAUUUAAAUCGGUAUCAGAAUAUCAAUCAUUCAAGACAAAAUUCAUGAACAAAUUUGUGUCUAAACUUUUCCAACAAUUAUCCCCAUGGCCAACUGAUUUUUCCAGUAUCAGGUAUACUAAGCCUGAAAUUACCUGUCGUAAUUUGUUGUUAUUGAUCGGGGUGGAAGUGAAGGAAGUCAACGAUUACUGUCAGUCUCUUUUCAGAAACUUGAACCACGGUCCAAAAGAUUCUGUUCCAAGAGAAUUGGUAUCUGCAGUGUUGAUCAAUUAUGCCUAUAACACCACCAACAUGAAAAACUUCAAGAAAGUGUUGCAAUUGUCUACAAGAUCGUGCGAAGUCAUGAUCCCAAACAUUUACAACUCCGAAUCGGAACUCGAAAUCCCUAUCAGUACUCCGGAAUUGCAAUCAGCAGCCAUUAGUAGUCUUGGAUUUGUUAGAGACACUACAUUAUUGCAAAAAGCUUUGAAUUACGUUGCCACCAACAUUGAUUCCAGAGGAAUUGAGCUCGGAUUGGUGGGGUUCAAUUACUAUGAUAAUAACAGAAACUAUAAAGGUGCUGCACCAAAUCAACACAAGAAGAUUGUGUUUGAUUGGUUCAAGUUGCAAUUUUACAACGGUUGGGGCCAUAGAUCGUUACGUGAAGGUUCAGAUUACUCCAGUCAACUUUAUCAAACAGUUCACAACAUUAUGGAAAUUAUUGUGAAGAAUUUCACCAGUGAUGAGGAUAAAGCGGUGAUUAGACAAUUCAUUAGGGAUAUUGAAAAGAAGGAUAAAUUGUACCAGAAGCAUCGCUUUGGGGAUUUAUUAAACGAAACUAUCGAAUCACAAUCUAGAGAAAAAGCUUGCGUGGAGAAACUCGACAUAGAAAGAUUGUUUGUUUUAUAG